AGAAGAGGAUUGGAAGGCCGGGCGUAUAAAGCCGCGCAGAGAGCGUGAAACAAAGCAGUCGGAUCAGAAUUGGACUUGGGGAGCGCGGCGUGGAGUCAGGCAUAAAACUUGUUGGAGGGGAGUCACAAGCCGGCUCCUCCAGCUCUCCCGGUCUGCGCUGCGCUUCAGGGGUUCCCACCAGCCUUGCGAUUUAUUUUUAUAUCUGCUUUAUAGAUACAUAUAGCGAAAUAUAUAUAUUUUUUCCUCUAAAGAGAAAAUUCCUGUUCCAAGAGAAAAUAAGGCAAGAUCAAUGAAGGAGAGAAGAGCCAGUCAGAAAUUAUCCAGUAAAUCUAUCAUGGAUCCUAAUCAGAACGUGAAAUGCAAGAUAGUAGUGGUGGGAGACAGUCAGUGUGGGAAAACCGCGCUGCUGCACGUCUUCGCCAAAGACUGUUUCCCCGAGAAUUACGUCCCAACAGUGUUUGAGAAUUACACGGCCAGUUUUGAAAUCGACACACAAAGAAUAGAGUUGAGCCUGUGGGACACUUCGGGUUCUCCUUACUAUGACAACGUCCGGCCCCUUUCUUACCCAGACUCAGACGCAGUGCUGAUUUGUUUUGACAUCAGUAGACCAGAGACUCUGGACAGUGUCCUAAAAAAGUGGAAAGGUGAGAUCCAGGAGUUUUGCCCCAACACCAAAAUGCUCUUGGUUGGCUGCAAAUCUGAUCUCCGGACAGAUGUUAGUACAUUAGUAGAGCUCUCGAAUCACAGGCAGACACCAGUGUCAUAUGACCAGGGGGCAAAUAUGGCAAAACAGAUUGGAGCUGCUACUUACAUUGAAUGCUCAGCUUUACAGUCAGAAAAUAGCGUCAGAGACAUUUUUCACGUUGCUACCUUGGCAUGUGUAAACAAGACAAAUAAAAACGUUAAGCGGAACAAAUCACAGAGGGCCACAAAGCGGAUUUCACACAUGCCCAGCAGACCAGAACUCUCCGCAGUUGCUACGGACUUAAGAAAGGACAAAGCAAAGAGUUGCACUGUGAUGUGAGUCUCUGGUUAUCUUUCAUGAGGACAAGGAAAUCUAAUGUAAAAAAACACCAACACCGAAGCAAAAAGGUGAAGUCUGAACGAAGUAUGCAGCCAAAGUCACGUAUGCUGGAGGUUUAGGAGGCAUCUGAAGAGAUGCUCAUCUUUUUGGAAUCCUGUCCUUAAGUUCGACAUGUUAGAACAAGUGGUGAGAAGUGAAUACAUUGAAGAGUUUUGAAGUGUGACUUGAAAAAUAUGCCAAAAAAGAGAGAUUCAAAUGGGCUGGAGGUAAAUAAGGAGGAAUGCAAGUACCUCCCAGAAGAAAAAAAAUGCCCUGAAUGGUGCUUGUGUUUUUGUUUUCAUUUCAAUCUAUUCCUGGAUCUCUACUUUGAUUUAAUUUUAAGUGUUUUAAUCUCCUUUGCAAAAAGUAUAUAUUGAUAUACCGUCCUCAUUGGGGAAUUGGCACUGUGACCUUAGCAUUUAGUUUUUUAGAGGAUGUGAUCUAAUUUCCUCCUAGCUCAUCAUUAAAAUGGAAAUUGUAUCAGGACCCGUGGGAUAUCCAGAGGAAAAGUUUGUGAGGCUUUGAAAUCUUGCCUUCCUGAAGAUAGCUGAGUGAGAUGGUUCUAGAAAAAGGCUUUUGCAGUGUUGCAAGAUACGCAGACCAGCACUACAAAGAUUGAAUAGCUCAAAUAGGAAAAAAGUGUCGAUUUUUAUACAGUCUGAUGGUUCUGUUCAUCAUUGUGAUUGUCAUUUAAAAGUGGUAAAUUGCUCAAUGUAAUACUUUUGUGCGCUAUUUAGAAAAAGAGAGUGUGUGAUUUUUUUGCCAUCGUUGAUAAAAAUGCAAAGUCAAAUAAACGGUGUCAUGGUUUGACGUCAUAGAGUGAUCUAAGGGAAAAAAUAAUGUAGGUACUGUUUUCAACUGAAGAGAUAAUGAAUGAAGGAAUAGUAACAGAAAGCACAGUGUGUGAGUAAAGCUGUCUGGAAUUAAGCUACCAAAAUACAAAGCAAAAGGACUAUUAUUUUGGGAUGAAACUCCUCCAAAGUUGGCAGCAUCUCAUGUUCUGUUGGUUUAUUUCACUUUCUUUUUAAAGGAACAUUGAUAAGAGAAGGACCCUCUUACCCAAGCUUUAGAAAAUCCUUAGAGGAAAAUUAGGUAAUGUCAGUCCUGACACUAUACUAGGGCAUUUCUAGAGAGUGAUUGUUAAACCUCACUUAACCAGAUUCAGUCAAUGCCUGUGUCUAAUACUUGAUAGCUGUUGUUACAUAAAAUAAUCAGCGUUUAAAAUAGUUUACAGAUAUUUUUUGACCAGAUUCUUUCAGAGCUUCUUUCAGAGAAGAAACCAGAUCCGACCUGUUCAUUGUUGGCGCUUGUUGAAAACGAGCUUUCUUUCCAAUGAUAAAGCUUCAUUUUUGAAGUGUUGAAGCUGUGCUCCCAUUAAAUUGUGGCAGGAGAGGAGGUUAGGAUAAUUACAACACUCAAUUCUAUGUCUUACAAGCACUUUGUUUUGUCUCUGCAAGAAAAUACCAUUCCAGUCAUUUCCCAAAAAAUACAGAGGUUUUACCAACAUAAUAUGCUUUGAUUGAUACAGCAUUAUGCUUUGGGCAGUAUUACAAAAUAGCUGGCAAGUGCUUUCUGUAUUUAAAUAUUGUAAAAAGAAAAUAAGUUAUAACUGUUAUAAAGCAGAACGUUUGUUGCAUUUUUUUAAAUGUUGAAGUCACUUUGUAUGUUUGUUUGGUCAUUGUUUCCGCAGUAUUUAUUAAAACAUACUUUUUUUUCCUUCAAAUAAAAAUGUAACCAUGUCUUUGUCUAAA